AUGAAAGCGGAGCAGCUCAUUGUGCCAGUGUUGCUGCCAGCUGUGUUCAUGUUAAUGUUCACCUUGCCGGGCCGUGUAUGCGGUGGUGUGGGGGCGUCCAUCCCUCUUCAGCGGCCAGAGCAGUGCCACCGAGGGCAGUUCUUCAACUCGGCAGUGCUGAGAAUGGCACAGUGUCAGCUGACGGGCGGAGAUGCCUCAGGUGUGACGAGGAAGCGGGACGUUGCCAGUGUGGAGCAGGACAAACUCGGGCUGCCUCUGAUGCUGGCGAGCUACAGUGCGGAUGGGCACUUCCUCCGGUGGCAGGAGGUGACAGGGGGGAUACUACAGAUGUGUCCAGACAUGCAGACGAGGCUGGACAGUGCCUUCCUCUUUGGGACGUCAUAUCAGCAAUCAUGUUCCAUCAGUGUUCAAGAGCUCGUUGCUAAGCACCCGCUGCCAGUGUUCCACCAGCUUUUCCUGCGUUACCGUGGUGAUGAUGGGAUGCUGAUGGUGUGGCCUGUCCCCAUCCAGAGCCGUCACCCACAGUCCAGCAACUCAGGCCGCAGUGUGCAGAGGUUUUACUUGGUGGACGGACUCUCGGGUAGAGCAGGCAGUCUGACGUCACCUCCUGGCCACGUACACUACCUCAGCUCCAUCACCCUCAGUGUCCAGAUCCCAGUCAGCGUUGACGGAGCCCCUCCCCCUCUCCAGCUCCACCUCCAAUAUAGCUCAGUCAGGCUGGCCGACAACACUAGUGUACAGGUGUCAUUCACUGUGACAUACAGUAUGGAUGAGGACUCCAUGCACCUGGCCACCUCAAUCUCUGUAGCCGUGUUCAGUGUGUUGUCUCUUCUCGUGUCUCUCUUGGAGACCAGCAGCUGGAGUCGCAGAUCUGGACAGCAGACCCUCAACUUCACAACGUUAAUUAAGUUCCUGGCCUUCCUGAGUGGAAAUCUCGGCAACACAUUCUUCCUGGUCACUCUUGGAACCGGCGUCUACUGGCUUGUAGCCUUCAAGGCCCAGCGCUCCAUUGUCACUACAGUGCUGCCCUCUGCUGGUGGAACUAUAGAAGUGUAUUUUAAAAGCUUCGUGGCCCUGGCCUUCGUCCUCAAAUCUCUGCAGCUGCUGCAUGUGACACUGGUCCAGGUGUCCGUUGACAUCUUCCUCAUCGACUGGGAGAGACCCAACAACAAACGCAGAGCAGCAGGUCCCCCUCUCCUCCAGUCUGCUGCUACCUCCGGUGCUUCCUCUUCCUCUUCCUCUUCCUCUGCCGUCCAGCCUGCUGGCCCUUCGGCCUGGCGACGCCUCCUAGUUGCCAACGAGUGGAAUGAGCUGAUGACCAUGAGGAAAAGCAGCCCUGCACUGACACUGCUCACCGCACUACUGCUACUACAGGUGUUGGGUCUGGUGAACUUGGCCUCCUGUGACCUUCAGGUGACCUUGAGGCCUGGAACAGACUCCUCCCCCUCCCCCCAAAGCCCCCUGCUCCGCUACGCUCUCACCUCCUCCGUUUGGCUCGGACUCGGACUACUGCAGGUGUUGCUGUAUCACCUCCUGUAUGAGCGCUGUGUGGAGGAUAAAGUUCGCCAGUUUGUGGAUUUAUGCUCAAUAAGUAAUGUGUCAGUGCUGGUGCUGAUGCAGCGUUGCCAUGGUUACUACCUCCAUGGGAGAUCAGUGCAUGGGUAUGCAGAUGUCAGCAUCGAGGCCUUGAGGACUAACUUGCGGAAUGAAGAGGAGGACAGGUGUGCACGUCGGGGUCUGGAGUCCCAGUCUGACGUUCAGGUGUUUGAGGUUUCGCUGACUGAGCGUGCUCGACAGCAGCUCCAGAGAGUUCUCCUGCCCCUCGCUGAGCUGGGCGAGAGGAGGCGGCGUGGGGAGACAGCAGAGAGGGAGGAGCAGACAGCUCGAGUCUCCCACAACAUGAACACUCUCCUCUGCCUCUUCCUACAGCAUGCCUUGAAGGACAUGGACUAUAUAGUGAAGGACAAAUCAGCUGUGGAGAAGAUGAUGAAGUACGAGUUCCAGUUACCGGCGGAGAGGAGCAUCUUCUACAGAGACAAAGAUGGUGUGUCCUUUGGCGAGGUGCUGUGCUACGGCCAGGAGACGCUGCUGCUGGUCUUUGACAUGCUCCUGUUCAGUGUCAUAGAUUUGGCCUCUCAAAACUUGGUGUUGGCAGCUGUGCUCACAUACAUUGUUCAGCAGGUGCUGAAUCUUGCACGUGUUCAUAUGUCCCGGCGGAAUCUGUCCUCCAAGACACUAGUGGACCAAUGCUUCCUCAUCUGAUAUUAGAGAUUAAAGGGAUGUCAACGUCAGGCCCUGGAGUCAUUUUAUAUUAUGACUUGAACAUUAAAUAUGGUCAUAGGAAUAUAUGUAAGUGGGCUGUGGCCAAUGUAACAUCUCCCACAAUACAACACUGUGCAGUAAAAACUAAUACUGUAUAUUGAUACAUUAAUAUAAGCCUACAUUCUUUCUCUGACACACACAUACGCACGCACGCACCCACCUGUGCGCACACACAUACACAGGCACACAGCAGCAGCAGGAGUAGGCCUACAGUCAGUACAGUAUUUAUGGUAGCUGAGGUUUUAUUCCCAUUUAGGCCUAAAAAUGAAUAAAUAUUGUUUUUCAUAUGUCAA